AUGUGCGAUACUUGGGAAGACGCAACUGAGAUGUCAGGCUUACUAACAGAGGUAGUUAGUUGUAAAAAGGCAACAAUAGUGGCAGUGUUUUUCUUAUACUUGCUCUAUAUUGGUGUAACGGCAGCUAUAUACUUUUUCGAGAACAAAAAGGAGAGAGAAGUUCUUAAUAGAAAGCUAAAAGCCUUCAAAUUAGAUUUGGAAUAACGCUAAUUUUUCAUUUUAGUAAUAGCUCUCUUGGUACAAGUUAUUACCCCAGUAGCUUUUCCUGUAGUAAUGAUGUACCUUUACCUUGUAACAAUAUUUGUGAUGCUUUUUGGUCACCUAAAAGACGACAAAUGGAUCAUUGGGUUUGCUGCAAUUGCUGCUUAAAUGGUAUUUGCAUUGAUUUUGAUCUUCUUUGUUUUAAUCAAUCCCUGGUGCAGACACUAUUACUUCAGAUAUAUUGUAGCAGAGCCACCCAGUUCAUUUUAUUAAUCAGCUGACAUAGUUUACGCUUCUACUUCUACAGCCACUACUACAACCACAACCACAACAAUUACAACCACAACCACAACAACAACGACCACACUACCUCCACCUGUCGAUGACACAACAGAGGCUCCAAUAUGA